UCAUGUUCCUCCUGCGCCACGCGAACCGAAACGCACUUUGACAACAUGUCGUUUGAAACCGAACGGCCACGUAUUACACUAUUACUGAAAUACGCGUUAUAUUACAUCUAAAACUAAAUUCUAAAUCGCUGUCGAAAGUAAGGAAACAAGAAUCGAGAUGACAAAUGAAAGACAAUCGUGUGACUUCCUGAAGUGACUCCGCGCUCAGAUACCCGACCCACAUGGCCCACAGAAGCGGUCAGUACACCUCUCUAAACUAUCCCGAGGAGAAUGACGAAACCAGGAGUGAAGAGUUUGAGUCAGAUCUUCACCCAGAUGUUAGUCACACCCAUUCCACAACCAUCCCACAACCCAGGCAGAUCAUUCACCAGCAUAAUGCGGUGAGCUACACUCAGCCCUUUCUAUCUGCAUCAUUCGCCCAUCAGACGCCCUUCCCCAGCUGGGACGGACCCAUCAGGGCGGAUUCUCCUCAUAGUCUGCCCUCCUGCCUUCCAUCUGCCAUCUACCAAACACUCUCAGAAGGUGGCUCGUUUUUUCCCAGCAGGCCUCACUCUCUUCCGGGCAGCUGUAGUCCGAGUCUGGAGAGUCUGGAUUAUCCUAGAUCUCUGCGUUCGUUUCCUCCAUCGGCGAACCUGUAUCACCAUCCCUCGCCCUCGUACCCCAACGCUUACCUGCGGCCGCCGUACUGCGGUCAGUACGGUCCACCGCCGCAUCACAUGAUUCCGGUCCAUCACUGUAGCUCCAGACCGAGACAUCAGCCUCCCUACAGACCCUCAGGCCUGAUCCAGUACAGACAAAUGGACACGCGCUUCUCUGAAAAUGGAAAUGCAUCUGUGAACUCCAGACAGGCCAGUCAGGGUAUCACACACCUGCCACAGGAACAGAGGAAAGUGUUUGUCACAUAUGAGGCCGACAGUGAAGAGCAUCUGAAGGAGAUUAUUAAGUUUGUGUCUUUGCUGAGGAACAACGGCUUUGACACGCAUAUUGAUGUUUUCGAGCAGCAGCUGAACAGCAUCAGUAAGAUCGACUGCAUGGAGCGAUAUCUCAAUGAGAAAGAUUACCUAAUCAUCAUCAUCAUCAGCCUGAGGUAUUACGAGACCAUAUCAGGCAUUAAUACCAGUGUGGAGGGUGACGAGAGAACAUCAGACACUGUGUACAUCCACAAACAGCUGCAGAGUGAAUUCAUUCAGAACGGCUGCAGGAACUACAGGUUCAUUCCUAUUCUGUUCCCGGGGGCUAAAAAGUGUUACGUUCCAACCUGGCUGCAAAACACGCACAUCUACAGCUGGCCGAAAGACCGGGACGAUAUUCUGCGCAGGUUAAUGCGCGUGGAGAAAUACAACCCUCCUCCCAUCGGCCCGCUGCCGACCAUAGUGUCCAUUCCCCUUUAGAGCAGCUUUUCUUUAUACUUUUUGGACCAAAUUUCUGUUUGAAGAAGCUUUUUACACUUUUUAACUAGUUUGUGAAUGGAAAAAGUAGAUCUGAUAUGUUUGAGUUUGUUUCUGUUAAACUGUGACCUGUCAAAGUUACUGUAAAAAGAAACACAGUAGCAUAGUAUUCACUAUUAUUGUUAUAAUAAUAAUUAUUAUUAGGCGUUUUGGUACUUCAUCAGUUCUUUGCAUUGAAAACAUAAAUAUAUGCACAUUUAUUUAUAGUGUUACAGUUCUCAGGUUUUUCAUUUUUGAUUGUUUUUCCUGUUAAGAUGUUUUUUUUAAUUUUAUCUUUCCAACCAUGGAUCAUUUUCAUUGUACUUUCUGAAAAUGUUUUAUGAAUUAAAGAAUUAAAUGUAUUAAAAUAAUGCAACGUCAUUAUCAAGUAACUAUUUAUUAAUUAUCGAAUUCACUGUCUUUUUAUCUUUUGAGCCGUUUAGCAU